CUCUCGAGGGAUGAAAUGACUUUCCCCAUCUAUCCCUAGAUUGGCAUAGUGUCUUCUAAUAAUCAACCGACAGGCCGCAUCGAGCAGAACACGAAAGAUGAUCAUGUUGUGGCUGCCCGCCGCCGUCUCGCUCCUCCUCUCGUCGUCGCUGCAUGUCGCCGGUGACGCCGGCGGCGGCGUCGCCUCCCUCUCCGUCCGGCGCUACGACGCCAUCUUCAGCUUCGGCGACUCCUUGGCCGACACCGGCAACAACCCCGUCGUCUUCGACUGGUACUCCAUCUUCGACCCCGUCACCCGCCCUCCCUACGGCUCCACCUUCUUCGGCCGCCCCACCGGCCGCAACUGCGACGGCCGCCUCGUCCUCGACUUCGUCGCCGAACGCCUGGGCCUGCCGUUGGUGCCGCCGUUCUUGGCUUACAACGGGAGCUUCCGGCACGGCGCCAACUUCGCCGUCGGCGCCGCCACCGCACUCGACUCCAGCUUCUUCCACGGCGCCGGCGAUCCCCCGGGCGCCAGCCCGUUCCCUCUCAACACCAGCCUAAGCGUGCAGCUGAGCUGGUUCGAUUCACUCAAGCCCUCACUCUGCAGCACAACUCAAGAAUGCAAGGAUUUCUUCGGCAGAUCGCUCUUCUUCGUCGGCGAAUUCGGCAUCAACGACUACCACUCCUCCUUCGGGAGGAGGAGCAUGCAAGAAAUCAGAUCGUUCGUCCCGGACAUCAUCCGUACCAUCUCCAUGGCCGUCGAGAAGCUGAUUGGCGACGGGGCGACCACGGUGGUGGUUCCGGGCAUGAUCCCGUCGGGAUGCUCGCCGCCGGUGCUCGUCACCUUCGCCGACGCCGGCGCGGCGGAGUACGACGCGAGCACCGGCUGCCUGAGGGAGCCCAACGAGGUAGCGACGCUGCACAACUCGCUGCUUCUGGACGCCGUCGAGGAGCUCCGGGAGAAGCACCCGGAUGUCGCCAUCAUGCACACCGAUUUGUUCAGACACGUCUCGGAGAUGGUCCAGAAUCCUGACAAGUUUGGGUUUCAAAAGGAUGUUCUCAGCGUUUGCUGUGGAGGUCCCGGAAAAUACCACUACAACACCAGGAUAAUCUGCGGCGAUGAAGGUGCGACCACCUGUGUGGAUCCAUCCAAGAGCUUGUACUGGGACGGCGUCCACUUAACCGAGGCAGCUUACCACUACAUCGCCGAUGAUUGGCUUCAUGCCAUAACCUUAUCUGCAAGAGCUACCUCCUAAAAUUGAUAUGGCACGAACGUCGGAUACACACAUGUAAUGCUAGUUUUUUUUUUAAAAAGAACUACAUGUAAUGUUAGUUGUUGGUCGAUUUUCCUUCGUGAAGGAACAUCAGCCUUGCAGAUGAUCCGAGUAAAAUUGUGGAGAAAAAACUCCUCUAUUCAAUUAAAUUGGCGGUCUCAUCGAUUCGUUCAAAAAAAAUUAUGAAAAAAACUGCUGAACGGAUGGAUAUUUGAAUAAAAUUCGUUCUUGUUGUGUACCGAA